UGUAGGUUGCAUGGUCUCUAUUUUGCAGGGCCAUGCUGUGUUACGAAGAACACGUCCACGCACUAACUCGAUUGCGACUAUAUAGAAGUGGCAGAUAAUAAUACCCGUAAGUAAGCGGGAAAUCAGGACGUGCGACGACGGCUGCAGGGCGGCGGAGCCGAGAGCGCCUCGUCGACGCCGUUGGUGACGCCGAUGUCGGCAAUGACGCCCGGGUCGACGAGUUCGGUGAGAUGGGAGAAGGAGCUCGAGGAGGAGGGCGGCGGCGGCGGGUUGGAGCGGCCGCUGCUGCGCGGCCGCGGCACCAACACGACGUCGCAGAUGGCUGUCGUCGGUGCCAACGUCUGCCCCAUCGAGAGCCUCGAUUACGAAAUUGUGGAGAAUGAUGCGUACAAGCAGGACUGGAGAUCAAGGGGGAGAAUCCAGGUCUUCCACUAUCAGAUCCUCAAAUGGGUUCUGGCACUUCUUGUAGGAUUAAUCAUUGGCCUAAUUGGAUUCUUCAGCAACAUUGCCGUCGAAAACAUAGCUGGGUUUAAGCUGCUCCUGAUGAGCAAUCUAAUGCUUCAGAGCAGGUACAAUUUGGCCUUUCUAUGGCACAUCAGCUGCAAUGCAGUGUUGGCGGCUGCCGCUGCUGCACUGUGCGCUUAUAUUGGACCAGCGGCAGCCGGCUCUGGGAUACCUGAGGUGAAGGCCUAUCUGAAUGGCGUCGACGCGCCAUCCAUCUUAGCGCCCAGUACCCUCUUUGUCAAGAUUUUUGGCUCUAUAUUUGGGGUGUCUGCUGGUUUUGUGAUGGGCAAAGAAGGCCCCAUGGUGCACACCGGUGCUUGCGUCGCCUCCUUGCUAGGGCAGGGCGGGUCGAGCAAGUAUGGCCUCACCUGGAAUUGGCUCAGGUACUUCAAGAACGAUUUGGAUCGCAGAGAUUUGGUCACAUGUGGAGCUGCGGCGGGGGUGACAGGAGCCUUCCGUUCCCCCGUCGGUGGUGUCCUCUUUGCGCUGGAAGAAGCCACAUCCUGGUGGCGGAACGCACUUCUGUGGAGGACAUUCUCUACGACGGCGGUGGCGGCAAUAGUGCUAAGGUCCCUAAUAGAGUACUGCCGCAGCGGCAACUGUGGCCUGUUUGGGAAAGGAGGCCUCAUCAUGUUCGACGUCAGUUCACAGGUGACGUCGUCGUACACCGCCAUGGACCUCCCGUCGGUUGUGCUGCUCGCCAUCCUCGGCGGCCUACUUGGAGCCCUCUUCAACCUCCUCCUCGACCGGCUCCUUCGCGUGUAUAGCCGCAUCAACGAGAAGGGCGCGCCGUGCAAGAUCGUGCUCACGGUGGCCGUCUCUCUGGUCACCUCGUGCUGCUCCUUUGGGUUGCCAUGGCUGACGGCGUGCACGCCGUGCCCGCCGGAGAUGGCCGCCAUCGGCAGGUGCCCCACCAUCGGCCGCUCCGGCAACUUCAAGAACUUCCGGUGUCCGCCGGGGCAUUACAACGGCAUGGCGUCGCUCUUCCUCAACACCAACGACGACGCCAUCCGCAACCUCUUCAGCGGCGGCACCGGCGGCGAGUUCGGCGUGUCCACGCUGGUCGCCUUCUUCGCCGCCGUCUACUCCCUCAGCCUGGUCACAUACGGCGUGGCCGUGCCGGCCGGGCUCUUCAUCCCCAUGAUCCUCUCCGGCGCGUCGUUCGGCCGGCUGCUCGGGAGGCUGCUCUGCGCGCUCACCGGCCUCGACACGGGCCUCUUCGCGCUGCUCGGCGCGGCGUCCUUCCUCGGCGGGACCAUGCGGAUGACGGUGUCGGUGUGCGUCAUCCUCCUCGAGCUCACCAACGACCUGCUGCUACUGCCGCUCAUCAUGCUGGUGCUGCUCAUCUCCAAGAUGGUGGCCGACUGCUUCAACAGGGGCGUGUACGACCAGCUGAUGCGCAUGAAGGGGCUCCCCUACCUGGAGGCGCACGGCGAGCCGUGCAUGCGUAGCCUGGUGGCCGGCGACGUCGUCUCCGGCCCGCUCAUCACCUUCUCCAGCGUGGAGCGCGUCGGCGUCGUCGUGGACACGCUGCGGCGCACGGGCCACAACGGGUUCCCGGUGAUCGAGGACGACCCGUUCGGGCCGGCGCCGGAGCUGUGCGGCCUCGUGCUGCGCUCCCACCUCCUCGUGCUGCUCCAGGCCAAGGCCUUCACCGCCCACCCCGUCAAGACCGGCGCCGCCGAGGUGUUCCGCAAGCUCGCGCCGUUCGACUUCGCCAAGCCCGGCUCAGGCAAGGGCCUCGCCGUCGACGACCUGGACAUCACCGAGGAGGAGAUGGCCAUGUACGUGGAUCUCCACCCGAUCGCCAACCGGUCGCCGUACACCGUCGUGGAGAACAUGUCGCUGGCCAAGGCCGCCGCCCUCUUCCGCGAGCUCGGCCUCCGCCACAUGUGCGUCGUGCCGAGGACGCCGGGGAUGCAGCCGGUGGUCGGGAUCCUGACGCGGCACGACUUCAUGCCGGAGUACAUCCGCGGGCUGUUCCUCAACAUCAUGGAUCCAUGAGUAGGCAGAGUAGCCGCCAUGGCGAGCGCGGGAACGAUUUUUUGCACAUAUUUUUUUUUGUGCUUUUAGAAGCUAAAUUUGACUAGCUUAGCUUUGAUGUUUAAUUAGCAUCCUGUGAACGAGCAUUGGCUGCGAAUGCAAAUUCUAUUCGCCGGUAAAGCUUGGGAUUUCAGAUAUAGAGAUUUGUUUUAGUACAACAAAAAGAAACAAAAAGUACUCUUAAGGUACUAAAUUAUUUCUGAUCAUUGGAUCUAACAAUGCACAUCCUA